GUUUUUCCGGGUCAGAGGUAAUCAUACACGUGAGGAAAACAGACUGGAACUGGAGCCAGCGUGAACCACAUCUUUGUACAGAUGUUGAGUUUGUGCUUGUGCCCCAUGGUGGUCAAGAUGGACGGGAAGGUGAAGAAGCAGCAGAAGCGCCACCAGCAGAAGCACAGUGGACCCAAAGCAGAGAAAAAGAAGCUGAAGAAGCAGGAAGGCUCCAAUGAAGAAGAUGAACGCAAACGCAACCCCAAAGCUUUCGCAGUUCAGUCUGCAGUGCGCAUGGCCAAGACCUUCCACAGGGCCCAAGACAUAAAAGCCAAGAAACACCACAUCCCACUAGUGGACCGGACACCGCUGGAACCCCCCCCAGUGGUCAUAGUUGUAGUGGGACCCCCAAAAGUGGGAAAGAGCACCCUGAUCAGAUGCCUGAUCAAAAACUUCACCAGGCAGAAACUUGGGGACAUCUGUGGACCUGUGACCAUCGUCUCUGGUAAAAAGCGUCGGCUGACUUUUAUUGAGUGUAACAAUGACAUAAACACCAUGAUUGACCUGGCAAAGGUUGCAGACCUGGUUUUGAUGCUGAUUGAUGCCAGCUUUGGUUUUGAGAUGGAGACCUUUGAGUUCUUAAACAUCUGCCAGGUCCACGGCUUCCCUCGUAUUAUGGGUGUUCUCACCCACCUGGAUGCCUUCAAGAACAACAAGACGCAGCGCAAAACAAAGAAGAACCUCAAACAUCGCUUCUGGACUGAGGUCUACCAGGGAGCCAAGCUGUUCUACCUGUCUGGUAUGGUGUACGGAGAAUAUCAGACUCAGGAGGUGAAGAACCUGGGUCGGUUUAUCUCUGUCAUGAAGUUUCGUCCUCUGGUGUGGCAGACCUCCCACCCAUAUGUUCUGGCUGAUCGUAUGGAGGAUCUGACUGAUCCUGAGAAGGUGAGGACGGACCCUAAAUGUGACCGGACUGUGUCCCUCUACGGCUACCUGCGAGGGACAUAUUUGAAGAACAAAGGCCAGGUCCAUAUUCCAGGUGUUGGAGACUUUCAGGUGUCAGAUGUCAACUGUCUGCCAGACCCGUGUCCACUUCCAGACGUUCAGAAGAAGAGGGGGCUCAAUGAGAAGGAGCGUCUGCUCUACGCCCCCAUGGCCGGCGUCGGGGGGGUGGUGUACGACAAAGACGCCGUCUACAUAGACCUUCCCGCCAGCCACGUCAAGCAGCAGGAGGAGGAGGUCCGUCCCACCACAGAACUGGUCCAGUCUCUCAUUGACACACAUGCGACUUUGGAUGCCAAGAUGGCCGCCAGUAAGGUGUCUCUGUUCAGCGGCUCGGCCACAUUGGAUUCUACAGACGUCAACGAGCAGAACGGGGAGGAGGAGGGUCUCCACGAGCAGAGGGUCUGGGAUCCCAAGAUUCAGAGAGAGAGGAGGAAAGUGGUUUUUACUGAAGAGAAGGAAGACGAUGACAACAGCGGUUCCAGUGAUGAAGAUGAUGACAGUGAAGAAGUGGAAGAAAGUGGAGGGGAGGAGGAGCAGGAAGUAGAUGAAAACCCUGACGAGGACGCCCUGUCAACAUUUCUGAAAGAGGCCAGAUCACAAUGUAACGAGAAAGAAAGGGGCGGAGCUCCACCAGUGAAGAAACAGAAACUGGAGGAGGAGAUCGCUGAGGUUCCUGUGUUUGCAGACAGUGAUGAUGAGCUGGAGAAAAGUGAGGAAGAGGAGGAGGAAGAGGACACGGGAAGAGCAGGAGACUCUGGACACUGCUCUGAGGAAGAGGAGGAGGAAGAUGAGGAGGAUAGUGAUGAAGAGUCAGGGGAGGAAUCAGAGGGAAAGGAUGAUGAAGCUGCAGAGAGUGAGGAAGAGGAGGAAGAAGAGGAGGAGGAAAUGGAGGAGGAUGGGGCACUGUGUUGGAAGGAGGGUCUGCAGCAGAAGGCAUCAGAAGCGUUUCUACGACAACAACAAGCUGCCCCCAAUCUACGCAAAAUGGUUUACGGUUCAGUUGUAGCAGCAGAUGAUUCUGAGGAGGAGGAGGAGGAAGAACUGGGUGGUCUGUUUCGAGUUAGCCGCCCUCAGAAGAGUAAAAAGACACAAGCUAAUGCACUGGACUGCUCCCAUUUCAAAGCAGAUCUGUCCCAUAACUGGGAUCUAGAAGAGAUGCUGAACUCCAUCAGAGACUGUUUUGUUACAGGGAAGUGGGAGGAAGGCCAAGACGCUGCUACACUGCUGAAGGAGGACGAGGAGCUGUACGGUGACUUUGAGGAUUUGGAAACAGGACAAGUCCAUAAGAGCCACAGUGGACGACAGGAUGAGGGCGAGCAGAACAGUGAGAACGAUGAAGACGAUGAUGCCGAAGAGACUCAGGUGAAGGUGGAGGACGAGGAGGUCCAGAAGAACAAGCGUCUGGAGAAGAAACGCAGGCUGAAGGAGCGUUUCGAUUCGGAGUACGACGACGGAGAAGCCACCUACUUUGACGACCUGAAGGAGGAGAUGCAGAAGCAGGCUGAGCUGAACAGGGCUGAGUUUGAGGAUAUGGACGAUGAGACCAGAGUGCAGUACGAAGGCUACAGACCUGGCAUGUACGUCCGAAUAGAGGUCCCCUCUGUGCCCUGUGAGUUUGUGUCCAACUUCGAUCCUCAUUAUCCCGUCAUUCUGGGAGGCCUGGGCUCCAGCGAGGGCAAUGUUGGAUAUUUACAGAUGCGGCUGAAGAAGCACCGCUGGCACGACCGCAUCCUGAAGACCCGCGACCCCCUCAUCCUGUCCUUGGGCUGGCGUCGCUUCCAGACCAUUCCCCUGUACCACAUCGAGGAUCACAACGGACGCCACCGCCUGCUCAAAUACACGCCACAGCACAUGCACUGUGGCGCUUCCAUCUGGGGUCCAAUCACACCCCAGGGCACCGGUUUUCUGGCCGUACAGUCAGUAACAGGAACUAAAACUAACUUCCGUAUUGCAGCCACAGGAGUCGUUCUGGACCUGGAUAAAUCAGUGACCAUAGUGAAGAAGCUCAAACUCGUUGGUUACCCUUACAAAAUUUUUAAGAACACCUGCUUCAUUAAGGGAAUGUUCAACACAGUGCUGGAAGUGGCCAAAUUUGAAGGGGCUUCGAUCCGAACAGUGUCAGGUGUGAGAGGUCAGAUAAAGAAGGCUCUGUCUACACCAGCAGGAGCGUACAGAGCCACGUUUGAGGACCGGCUGCUCAUGAGCGACAUCGUGUUCCUCCGUUCCUGGUAUCCGGUGGUCGUUCCUCAGCUGUACAACCCCGUUACGUCUCUGCUGCUGCCGGUGGGUCAGAAGGACAGCUGGGCAGGUAUGAGGACUGUGGGCCAGCUCAAACACGACCUGGGAAUCCGCAACAAACCCAACACAGACUCCUUGUACAAGCCGGUGGUCCGAACCCAGAGACGCUUCAACCCCCUCCACAUCCCAAAGGAGCUGCAGAAAGCCCUGCCCUUCAAGAGCAAACCCAAGCAGCAGCAAAGCAGAGGAAAGACCCCCAGAGACCUGCAGAGGCCAGGGGUGAUCCGAGAGCCCCACGAGAGGAAGGUCAUCGCUCUCCUUCAGGCUCUCAGUACAAUCAACAACUAUAAGAAGAAGAAAGCCCACACAGUGCAGCACUCCAAACACAAGGAGUUCCUGCAACAGAAGACCAAACAGGAGGAGGCCAAGAGUAAACGACAGAAGGAGCUACGAAAAAAACUGUACCGAGCCAUGGACCAGAAGGACCAGAAGAGGAGCAGGUCCAGCUUGAAAGGGGCACCACAGGAGAGCUGAGGAGCAGGUCCAGCCUGAAGGGGGCACCGCAGGACGACUGAGGAGCAGGUCUGGCCUGAAGGGGCGCCUCAGGAGGACUGAGGACCUGAAGGGGGCGCCGCAGGAGGACUGAGGAGCAGGUCCAGCCUGAAGGGGGCGCCGCAGGAGGACUAAGGGACUGGAUACGAGGGCAGUUUUAUUCUGUUAUAGAUAGAGGAAAUAUGUCUGUAAAGCUGGUUUUAAUAAAACAGACAUGAGUUCACCUCAGUCAUCCCAUCUGAAGCAGCCUGUUUCAUACAGACAGAUUUACCUUCACACCGUCGUCAUC